GCCCGACGGGGGGGGGGGAGAGGGGUGCAACCUCGAGAACGCGCACGUACGCACGUCCACGACGCCCCGCCGAGCGCUUUAUCUUCGGCGCCCCCGGACGCCUGUUGCGUGACAGAGAACAGCGCGGCCGAGCCCGUCCGGCGUGCGCGUCCGCGGGAGUGGAGCGGCGAGAGGGGCUGAGCGGGUGUCUGUCUGUGCUUGUAAACAGCUGGGCCCGGCGGGGAGAGGGACGGACCGAGCCGAACCGGCACCAGCAGCAGCACCAGCGGCGGCGGGCCGGGACGCGUGGGCCUGGCAGGCAGGGGUGCAAGGGCGUCUGAGCUGAGCUGAGCCGGGCCGAGCCCAGCCGCCUGGUCCGGAGCGACCCGACACAGUGGGGACUCGAGUCCCGGAGGACGCCGGCUCGCCCCCGGAUCUCACUCCCUUCCCACUCGUUCAUCCGAACGGACCCCGGAACGGGGGGGCAGGAGGCCGAGACCCCCGGACGAACGCGUAGGGCGCCCCACUUCCCCCGCCAUGGCCGCCGUCACGACCGGCGAGGACCCCGACAUGCCGGACAACCACCGGGAGAGCUGGCGGGCCCUAGUUCUGGCGGCGGAGGCGCACGCCCAGAAGACGGGCUGCGAGGUGGCCCUGGUCACGGCCCGGAAGAAGUUCCGGCCGGUGGGGGCGGAGUCGGGGGCGGGGGAGGGGCGCGCCGAGUUCGCCUACCAGGUGUGGGGGCGGGGCCAGCUGGGGGAGGCGGCGCGCCGUUACCUGGACGACAUCGCCGUGCUCCACAGCGCCUCCCUGGUGACGGCGCACCGGCAGACGCGCCGGCCAGGGGACACCCCCGCGGUGAGCACACCGAGACGACACAUGAACCCCUCUCUCUCUCAGUGCAGUGUUCAUGUACUGGAGUGUCCAUGUGUGAGAGGGGCUCUGACUGGGGCGUGUGUCUCUGCAGGCGUCUUCUCGAUGGACGAGGACUCGGUGUCGCGGGACUGCGAGCCCUUCUUCGAGUCGGACGGCGAGGAGGAGAGCACGGACGGCUCCCUCAGCGAGGACGCGCCGGCGCCCCCCAGGGCCGUCGCCGUAGGGAUGAGCUCGCUGUCAGCCCGCGCGGCCGCGGCGCCCCCGCUGGCCCGCUCGCUCCCCGUCUCGGUGCCAGUGUGGGCGUUCAGGGCAGGGCGCCCCUCCCACGGGGACAGUCACAGCGGCGAACGAGUGAGUGAGCCGGCCGUGAACCCCAAUACCCCAAAACCCCAGUGUUAAUGUCCUGGAGUGUCC